AUGCCAAACGAAUUGCCGCGCCUGCGUGCUCUCUUCACCAAUUGGGUGAGGAAUAGCGCGAUGAGUAUGAGGAGGCCAUCAGUGCAAGGGAAUAAAUGCGUGCAGAUGAGGGAAAUAACACAAAACGCAAGGGGCAAGGGUACAUCCGCAACGGCAGCUGCAGGAGGGACGAUGCUACUCAUCUCCCCUAUCAUGUUUGAAGCAAAACACAAAGAGGAAGAAAAUAAUCCAAAGACAGAGUACAUAUUCAUGGCAGGAAAGACGAUCGACUUUUUAACUCAGAAAAUUUUCGAAAAUGAAUUCGGUACAUCCAUUCUUUACUUAACGUUCUUCGUUGCCUAUCUGGCUCUGCUUGCACACGAUAAUAAAGUUAACCUCCUGGUGCAGAAGCUAAAGUUCAAAUACGCCAAUAACAUGUUUAGCAUUGGCCACCCCAAUUAUGCUAAAUACUUAAACAAGCUGAGAACCCCUCGGAAGGGCACCUAG